AUGGCUCCCCAGGCAUACGUCGCACCCGUCGUAGACUCGUCUGCGGUCUUCAAGAAUGACAUAUUCAAGGGCAAGGUGCUGUUCUGCACGGGCGGUGGCUCUGGGAUCUGCAAGGGCAUGACGGAGGCUGUGAUGCGCCACGGAGCGAACGCAACAAUUGUCGGUAGGAAACUGGACCGGCUCAACGCGAGCGCGGCAGAACUGUCGAAGAUCACUGGCAGACAGUGUCUUGCUGCCCAGGCGGACGUGCGUGAGCCGGAGCAGCUGAAGAGCGCUGUGGCGAAGACCAUUGAGAAGUUUGGAAGGAUCGACUUCGUCAUUUGUGGUGCUGCCGGCAACUUCCUCGUACCCAUCUCUGGCCUCUCGGAGAAGGGUUUCAAAACCGUCAUUGACAUCGACACGCUUGGUAGUUACAACACGAUCAAGGCCACCCUCGAUCAUAUCCGCGCAUCGAAGGGCGCGUAUAUCCAUGUUAGCGCGACGCUGCACUACAAGGGCACACCUUACCAGGUACAUGUCUCAGCCGCGAAAGCAGCUGUCGACGCCACCUCCGCCGUCCUCGCAGUCGAGGAAGGCCCCCACGGCGUCCGCUCCAACGUGAUCGCCCCCGGCCCCAUCGGCGGGACAGAGGGCGUCGACCGUCUCUCGCCCAAGGGCAAGUCGCACGCAGCCAACAUCCCGCUCGGGCGCGCGGGGCACCUGCACGACAUCGCGAACGCGACCGUCUUCCUCUUCAGCGGAGCCGCGAGCUGGGUCACCGGCCAGGUGCUCCCCGUCGACGGCGGGAGCGAGCACCUUCGCCAGUUCUUGCUGCCGUACCCCGAGGCGGUGCUCGACCCGGAGGGGGUCAAGGAGUUGAUCAAGCCGAGGUUGUAG